CUCCCCCCCUUGCGCACAUUCCCCCACCGAUGAUGACUUUUGUCUCAGGCUGACGAGCUGCUGUGUAUUAUCGCUGAUCCCCCUUCAAUAUGCAAACCCCGCGUCUGCAAUGCGACACGUGCAACGCGACCUUCCAGCGACGGGAGCACUAUCAGCGCCACAUCCGCACCCAUACUAAGGAGCGUCCUUUCUGCUGCUCAGAGUGCGGACAGACCUUUGGUCGAGUUGACUCUCUCACCCGCCACCUCGGUACGAUCCAUCAACGCGGCAAUCGACCAGAUUGCGACAGGGACGAGGGCCGGCGCCGGGUUGCCCGCGCGUGCAAACCGUGUAAUCAAUCCAAGGUCCGCUGUGACGGACGACUGCCCUGCCAUCGUUGCCAGAGUCAUAGCGUCCAAUGUCACUACGAGGCUCCUCAGAAGCGGAGAUUGACAGGCUCCGGCGGUCCGGUGGAUGACCAAUUCACCAAAUGUCCCCGGGCUGCUGCUGCUGAAGCGCAAAGCGCGACGCUAGCAUCGACUGCAAGCAGCGAAGACGUCCCGCAGUCGACUGUCGCACACUUUCUCCCCCCAUCGCCGUCUACUCAAACAGCCUCUCAUGGCUUGGAAUCACUUGAAGCCGCUACGUCCGGCGCUCCCAGUGUUGCAGCUAUCGGCGGCUGGACCCAGCUAUUCGAACAGUUCAAUCCUAACUAUGGUUCUAGAGUGUUUGAUUUUGCGACCGAGGAUUUUGACAGCCUUUUCGACUUGGACCGGGGCUUGGGCUUGGAUUUGGACCUGGACUUGAGUUACGACCCGCAGGCGUAUACAGCGCCCACCUUUCUGGAUAACGAUGAGGUGGCACGAACGGCGGCUAACGGAGUGGAACAUGCUGGUCAUGUUUCCCAUUCCUCCGUCACAGAGACCUAUCAAGUCGCUACGCCUCUGAGCCCGACUACCUUGGUAGAGAUGUACCACCGGGGCUGUUCCCCGGGUCCCGAUGCAGAAACUCAGGAGCUACGACAAUAUCACCCCGCGAUCGAUGGCACGGACCCGCAAUUUGGGUUUCCGGCUAUGGACGACAGCCCCUUGGAGCAGAUAGAUCGCGAGAACCUAGCUCACGUUCCUGAAGUGUCGGCCACGGUGGUGGAGAACGUCGCUCAUGUGGCGAGAACCAUGCACACCACUGCAUUUCAUCGGCCAUUCAUGGAGCUCCGCUUCCCGCCUACCAUCGUUCUCAAUGCUUGGGUCCAGCUCUACUUCGAACACUUCCACCCGACUCUACCCAUUCUCCACAAACCCACCUUCAACAACCAGAAGACUCACUGGCUGUUGAUAUUCGCCGUCAGCGCCGUUGGGGCUCAAUUCUCCGAUCUUCCCAAGGCCCAGAGCUGUGCAAGGGCAAUGCAUGAAAUGGUUCGCCGACAGACUAAUUUUCUGUGUGAGCAACAAAACAAGUUCAGUCGUGAGCUUUGGAUGACGCAGGUCAUUCUGCUGAAUCAACUGGCGCUGGCGUAUUCUGGUGAACGAAGGGACUUGGAGCUGGCGGAGCUGUAUCAGGCCAUUCCGGUCACCCUGGCCCGCCGGAAGCAGCUGUUUGCCCACACUACGUCCCUCCAGAAGAUGGCGCGGCUGGAGUUGUCUCUGCCCCAAAGAUGGCACAUAUGGACUCUGGAUGAGGAACGGCGAAGAGCGGGUUUUGCUGUCUGGUUGCUCGACUCCGCCUUCGAAUCCGAUUUCGAUCUUACGACUAUCGUGAACGAUCGGGAAUUGCAAAACACGCUUCCGCAGCCUGAGGAUCGAUGGGCGGCACGGAGUGCUUCAUGUUGGGCUAGCUUUCCACCUCCAGCUUCGCCGCGGCUAAAUGAGAUCGUGGCCGACCAGGAUUGGGUUCUCGCCUGGAACAGUACAGGAACGAUCGGAAAGCAAGCGAUCCUCCGGCUCCUCUGCAACACUGUGCACGCUCGUAGUAUCCGUUCACAGCAACCACAUACCGUUGAUCAAGAGGGCGAGGUGGCAGGGGAGGCGUUGCGACGUCUUCUCUCAUUGCUAGAUGCCGAGGAACAGAACCUGCCACCAACAGAGCUCAAGGCAUCUGUGGCCCAUCGGGUUAUGAUUCUCUCUGCUCUUAUGAUCAGUCAAGCUCCACACAUCUCAUUGAUACCAACCGCUCUCCGAGUUAAGUGUCAGCGGUACCGACCCGAUGAGCUUAACGAGCUCACAGCGUUGUGGAGAGCCAUGCCUCAGCAAGGACGACUUUCGCUAUAUUAUGCCGCGCGCUUGUUCGAGAUUGUCCGAUCACAUUGGUGCACACACUUCUCCACCCCUGUUCUGUUUCUCAAGUCCGCCCUUCUGCUGUGGACAUACUCCGCCCUACAUGUCUCAACCACGUAUGGUGCGGCGGAUGAGCCAUCCAUUGUUAUCGCCACUCUAGACGCUAGAAGCGCCUUGUUGAAUGACUGGCUAGAGCGUGGGUCUGGUCGCGUCAAGAUGGCAGGGGUCGGCAGUAUAAUGACAGACGAUGGUCGAGCGAGACUUCUGGACGAAUCAAUAUCGGCGAUGAAGUCGCUAAAGGCAUGGGGUGUAAGCAAGAUGUAUAGUCAGGUUUUGAUGCGACUGCGAGGCAAGUGAGCAGGUCAAUUUCUGGAAAGCCCGCCGCCCGUUUGAUUCUACCUGCAACUUCGAACGGGUCGAUCCUAUCGAUGAUCCGCCCGGUCAUCGCCGAGAAUCUCUGCCCCGCUCGACUCGCAUUGGACGAAAUAAUGGGAUCUGGACGACGGUCGAUCUUGUUCUGAUCUGCAAGGUUGCACGCAUCUUCAGGAACACAAUCCGG